AUGCUGUGCUACGACAUUGACGACGAGUCGCUCCGCCUGGUCCUCCAGAUGCAGUUGAAGGACUUGGAGGAUAUCAAGGAGAGUAGCAAGGGCAAGUGCCGAGUGGACGAGGUCUCUGAUCUCGACCUGGCCGUCGAUGCAUACCACGCGGAACUGGAGUCGCAAGCUGUGCUCGCGGCGGAUAGGUGUAUGUGCAAGAGCAUGGUCAAAGCAAAUCAAUCCGACGGUCGUCUCAUUACGAUUCUCACGAAACAGGAGAAUCAGGCCACUCGCGACAGAGAAGCGGCUAUUCGACUCAGCAAAGGGGCAACACUCGGCAAGGACGCGUCUCCUACGAAUCUUCCCGUCUUGUCAGAGGAGUCUUCCGCAAACGCGGAAGAUGAGAUGUUUCUACGAAAGCUCGCAUCUCUCUACGUCUCUGUUGACUAUGGCGAGGAAGGGAACGACGAGGAGGAAGAGGAGGAAGCGGAGGAAGAGCCAGAGUCGUCAUCGUGGGCGGCCUCCAGGAAACAAACCGAUGCGGUAGCGAUUAGACCGACCAGGCGAGAGAAGAAGACAACAUGCGACAGCUGCAAGGAUGCCUACCACCCGGUAGCAGUCGCUCAGCUUCCAUGCAAACACAACUACUGCCGCGACUGCCUGCGGACCCUCUUCGAGCUCUCCCUCACAGACGAGUCGCUCUUCCCGCCGAGAUGCUGCAAGUUGCCUAUCCCCGUGGACGGAGGCCAUGCCAGGGUUCUACUACCCCCGAAGCUGGUAGGAGAGUUCCGGGCAAAGGAGGUCGAGUUUUCGACGCCCGACAGGACGUACUGCCACAGGCCGACCUGCUCCAAAUUCAUCCCCAAGGAGUUCAUCAGAGCCGACGUCGGAACCUGUCCGCAGUGCCAACAGCAGACGUGCACGAUGUGCAAAGGCGCCGAGCACGGGAACCAAGACUGCGCGCAGGACACACUGAUGCAGGCGCUUCUCGAAGUCGCCGCCGCCAACAAGUGGCAGCGCUGCUUCUCCUGCCGAAGGAUCGUGGAACUCAACCACGGGUGUUACCACAUCAGUGAGCCCUCUCCUCUCGCGUUACCCCUGCCCAUCCAUGCAUGCUCUACAUCACGAUGA